UUGGAGGAAAGCCGAAACAAGGCGUGUAUAGCCCGGUGUAGAGACACGGCGCGCGCUCAGGUUUCUCCGCCUCCGUCUGCAGGUAUCUUCAUCAUCAUCAUCUUCACCAUCAUCAUCAUCAUCAUCAUCAGUCCCGCAGCGCUGGAUUUUAUCUCUUUUAUUUAUCCGCUGUGUGUUUUGUCCUGACUGCAGCUCUUACACACACACACACACACACACACACACACCCGAGGCUGUUUCAUGAGCGCUAGAGGAGACACACCGCUGCGGAACCGUGAGAGAGAACCGCUGAGAGAACCCAGAAGAUCCCGAUCCUCUCUCACCUGAGCUCCCGGUGCACGAGCCCCACAAAGAUGACAUGGCGUCCUCAGUACCGCAGCUCAAAGUUCCGUCACGUGUUCGGCAAAGCCGCCACUAAGGAGAACUGCUACGAUGGAGUGCCAAUCACCCACAGUGUCCAUGACAACCAUCUCUGUGCCGUCAACCCGCGAUUCAUCGCCGUUAUCACCGAGUGUGCAGGGGGUGGAGCCUUCCUUGUCCUGUCCAUCAAUCAUACAGGGAAGGUGGACCCCCAUCACCCGAGGAUCUCUGGUCACAGAGGGAACGUUCUAGACAUCAAGUGGAAUCCAUUCAACGAUUUCUGCAUAGCUUCCUGUUCAGAGGACACAACGGUGAAAAUCUGGGACAUUCCUAAACAUGGUGUGAUGAAGAACAUUACAGUUCCAUUGAAGGAGCUUCAGGGUCACUCGCGCCGAGUCGGACUGAUAGAGUGGCAUCCAACCGCCAGUAACAUCCUGUUCAGUACUGGCUACGACUACCAGGUGAUGGUGUGGAACCUGAACACACCUGAGCUGGUGAUAAAGAACCCGGUACGUUCCAUCAAGAUUCACACAGACGUGGUUCUCUCCAUGUCCUUCAACACAGACGGCAGUCGCAUAGCCACGUCCUGUAAAGACAAGAAGAUCCGCAUCAUCGACCCGCGCACAGGAGCACUGCUGCAGGAGACCAACACAAAGACACACAGAGCCAGUAAAGUGAUGUUUCUGGGGAAUCUGAAGAUGCUGCUGUCGACGGGGAGCUCGCGCUGGAACAAUCGGCAGAUCGCCCUGUGGGAUCAGGAGGACCUCUCCCAGCCAUCGUUUCUGGAGGACUUAGAUGGCUCCUCGGGUGUGUUGUUCCCUUUUUACGACCCUGACACACACAUGCUUUACAUAGCUGGCAAAGGAGAUGGAAAUAUCCGAUAUUAUGAAAUCAGCUCGGAGAAACCGUAUGUGCACUACCUGACUGAAUAUCGCUCUCUCCUUCCGCAGAAAGGAAUGGGUGUGAUGCCGAAGCGAGGGCUGGACGUUUGCUCCUGUGAAGUUUUCAGGUUUUACAGACUGGUGACCACAAAGAGUCUCAUCGAGCCACUGUCCAUGAUCGUCCCACGCAGGUCUGAGUCCUAUCAGGAGGAUAUUUACCCGAUGACGGCCGGGAAGGAACCAGCCAUGACGGCGGAGGAGUGGCUGAGAGGCAUGGACAAAGGUCCGGUGUUGGUGUCCCUGAAGCCGGGCGUGGUCACUAAGGUGAAGCUGUAUGAGGAUGAGGAACCGGUGAAAGCUCCCAGCGUUCAGUUAGACACCCGACGCUCUCAGAGUCGACCUGGUCUUCAGCAGCUCACCUUCACUGAACACCAGAGGAACAUGGAUGAGGAAAGACAAGAAGUGAAGAAAGAGGACAGGAAGGAACAGAACUUGACUGAGACCAUUGCUAAUGGACAGAGAGAUUUCACGCUCUGCUCACCGCCUAAAACUGAAAAUGAGCUCUUGCAGAUGUAUUAUAAGCAGCAGGAGGAGAUCCGGCGGCUCCGUGAGCUUCUCUGUCAGAGAGACGUUCGGAUAAAGCAGCUCGAGCUCGAGAUAAAAAAUGUCAGGAACUCACGCUGAGAAGGGACUCUCUCUCACACACACACACACACACACACACACACACACACACACACACACACACACACACUGGACCUCAAGCUGCCUAACCCUGCUUUAAUCAUGAAACCUGCGUCACUUUUGUACAGCUUUGUGCUUCAAUGUGGCUUUUAAUCUUUAUUUAGUUUCACUUUGUUUUUUUUACACCUCACAGCUAUGCAAGGUUACUUUUAAUCUUUUUUUUUUAUUUUGGAAAAAAAGAAAUGAUGUGCCUGUCUUAGAUAAUGCAUUCAGAUGUUUUAUGUGUGCGAGUGUGUGCGUGUGUGUGUGUGUUAAUCUCCAGGUAAGACAUUAUGAUGAUUGUGUAACACACUGAAUGUGUUAGUGAGUUAAACUGCUGUAUGAUAAAGUUACGGGUAUCUCACGGUGACACGCUUUACUUCUCUCUUAUUUAUUUUGUCUUUAUGUUUCUCUUUAUGUUUUAAUUUUUUUUAAAAAAGACAGUGACCAAAUAAGAGCAAAAGAUAAUUAAGAUGUGUGGAUUGUAGCUGAAGAUCUGACUGCUCUGGUUGAAGAGCAGCGGCAGGGUUUAGAAUCGUCUUCUCACAGCGCUGAGCCACGCUAGCUUUUUGUCAAACUGUUGCUUUAAUUCAACACAUUUUCGAAAAAAAUAAAAUAAAAUAAAGCAAUGUAUGUAAAAUAGAUUAAGCCAUGACCAACACUCACGUAUGGCCAUGAUCCUGCAAUAAUGUUAAUAUUAUUCAUAUAAUUGUUAGUAAUUUCUAGUAAAACCUGCUCUGAUAGUUUUAUUACACUGGAUUUAAAAAAUAAUAAAAACAGCACCUGUAUUUUGUUUUUAAAACAUCACUUUUCUCUUAACUGGAUUUUUUUUUACUAUUACUUCCUUUAUUUUGAUUAGCUUCAUAUAUUUUUAUGCAUUUUUUUUCACUUUUUAUUUGGAUAUUAAUAAGAAUUUAGACUAGAUUUAUGGCUUGUGUGUAUAGAAAGAACACAAAUUUAGGAUUUUUGAUUUUUUUUUUAGGUUUUUUUUGCCAUGUAACUUUUAGUUUAGUGCCGUAUUUCCCGCAACUGUGAGGCGGUCGAGAGAGAAUCACUUUAAACACUCUCUCUCUAAGUCUCUCUCUCUCUCAGUUAAUGUCCCACUUGUUUUAUCAGCAUAUCUUCACUCCAGUCUAAAGGUUAUUAAUAGCAGCUUGAUAAUAACAACCUGUGUAGGCUUUGUAGUGUUUAUUCUGCUUUCUCGCUCAUAACAGCUCACCCUGAACUAUCUGUAUAUUAAUCUUUAUCAUUAACAUCUGUUUUUCACAUUGGUUAACAGUUUCCUACAUUACCCACAAUGCUGUUCUGAUAGUGGUGCAGUGGGAUUUACCUCUUGCUUCAUCUCUACCUAAAGAGAGUGAUGCGGCGGGGCUUUAGUCUUUCAUUCUGUCCCGCUCUCUCAGCUCCUCAUCUACACACACAUCAACUUCUAAAACUUCAACUUUCACUAAUACCACCACUAACACCGUCACACUCGUCAUCUCAGAUAUUGCUAACUAGCCGAGUCUCUGAGUCUUGUGGCUGCAUUGCAUUCUGGGACUUUGAGUCUAGCGUUUGUUUUAAUGUCUCUCCGACUUCUACGCUGGAUUUCUGGAGAAACUUUGAGAUCUGUGAAUUUUUCUCUCCUAUUAUACUCCAUUGUAAAUCCACUAGCUCCGCCCCCUGUGACAUCAGCAUGACACACAACCACUAACUUCUCACGGGAAUAACAAAUAAACAUCAACAACUAAUAAAUUAUCACCAGAAUCACUAACCACUUUACAGAUAUUUCAGUACAAACGUGUUUAACGUGUUUCAGGGGGGAGCUUAACUUUAACUCGCGUAACUACACACACUGAAAUCUGUCAGUUUUUAGCUGGACACUAAUAAACACACAGGAAGAGUUAAUCAGUUACACACUAAAACAUUAACACUUUAUCUAAUUCUACACAAAGGCAUGUCUGGAGGUGUUCAUUACAAACUGUAGGUGUCAUAAAACACUGGAACUCUUGAUUUAUCCUUCACUUAUUCAACACUGUAUAUGACAUCAUCCCUGAAGGUGUUAAUCGAACGCUGAAACUCGGCACUAGAAAGAGUUAAGACUAAGAGUCAGUCCAGCGCUGUAGGUGUUUCAUCAGCACAGAGGAUUUCACUCGCACGAGUUCAGCGCUAAAGAUGAUCACGUUUUUCAUUUUUCAGUGCCUUCAUUCUCGAUGAAGCUGAAAACUCACACAUUAACACUGUUACACACUGCACACACAGUGUAACACACAUCUGAACAAAAGCCAUAGGUUUAAAAGUAAGCUUUAAAGGUGUGUGUGUGUGUGUGUGUGUGUGUGAGUGUGUGUGUGUGAGAGAGAGAGAGAGAGAGAGAGAGAGAGAACAGGAGGAAAUCACACAUUUCUUUUAAGUUGCUUUUUAAACUGUCUUAUGAUUCACUGUGUACUUUUAAAGUUGUUAACACACACACACACACACACACACACGCUGUACUCUCUCACUACUGUACUGUGUCUCAUCCCAAUUACAGUGUGUGUUUGGGAACGA